CGUUGCUUUUUGGUCACUUUCUGGCUUGUAUCUUUUUCAAACAGUUAGUUUUGUUUAUACACACUACGAAGUAAUUACUCAGGAUGAAGUUGUUUUGUGCUGUUACUGUGCUGGUGUUGGCAUCUUUGCUUCAAGAUGGGAACGCCGUGUUGAAGAAGGAGUUCCGGACUUUGCUGCCAUUCUCAGUCGAUGAGUUUCUUCUAGGGUAUCGCUGGUCCAUCGCCGAGUCGAGUAUUCUUGAGACGGGCGGAGGGGAGGGUGUUCAGAUCGUCGACGAUCGGACGGUUGACGGCAAAGAGGAGGGAGACUUACACUACACACAUAGGAUUCUCCAUCUCGAGACGAAAGCGCCACCAAUCUUCUCCGGGCUGGCCGGAGGUUUAUUCAAAGUACACGAGAAAUCGUGGCUUGCGUCAUCUGGCGCCACCACCCAAUACACAGAGAAGAGGAUCAUGGGAGACGAGUUUGAAAUGGAGAUACGCUCAAAAUUCAUUGAUGGCGACGACUGCCAAACUGAAGGCGUCCUCUCACAGAGCGGGUCGGCGGAAGUUAUACAGGUCGACUUCACUGCGGGAAUCCCAGCUCAGCAAGAGUUUGACCCUACUCAGUGUGCUUCUGACCAGGGACCUUUGACACCGGGCUGGGCAAGGAGUGGCGACCGACCCCAAAUGUGUGUUUACACCUACGUAGAAGUUAACUUCGGCUGGGAGAUAAUGCAGUUAGUUGAAGAAAGGGCAAUGGGUGCCUACCAAGCCAUUCUUAAGAAGUUCUACGGUCAGAUGUUCUGCUGGGCUGACGACUGGGCAGGCCUCUCCGAGAAAAAGGUUGAGAAGAAGGAAAUGGAUACCAAGACGGAACUCAACAGGAUCCGCCAGGAAGGAGAGGUGCGUGGACAAAUUGAAGGAGUAUUCCCCAAUUACAAGAGAGUGGUGCAGAGCCUGUAAACAUAACUUAAUGAAUAUGUCGAUUACACCAGUAAUGGUUUAAAUUAAACGAGUGCGGUAAACGUUUGGUAAUGGUUCAAAGUCAACGAGGGUGUUUCACCCGGUCCAGCCUGUAAACUUACUUAAGGAAUAAUUUAGUUACAACAGUUUAAAGUCAGCGAGAGUGGUUAACGUUAUUACAAUAGUGAUGGUUUAAUGUCCACGAGGGAUGGUAAACCUUUAUGAGGGUGGUAAACGUUUAUUGCAAUAGUAAUGGUUUAAAGUCAACGAGAAUGGUACACGUUACUUCAUGGUUUAAAGUUAACGAGGGUGGCUACGUUAAUAUUUGGAAUAGUUUAUCAUUUAUUUACAAACACCCUUUCAAAAAUGACUGUACGCAAUAGGUCGGAGUUUUGUAACGAUUCAAUAUUAUUAAUCACAAGAGACGACCCCAGAGCCUGUAAAAAUGUAUAGAGCUAGACUUGAGGGCGCACAUGAUGACCGUGGUUUAAUUCUUUCUCUGCCGUUAAUCCCAAAAUAAAUGAAAACUAUUGAUAACAAUAUUAUUUGAUCAAUGUUUAUUUAAGUUGGUAAAGUCUUGAUAUUAAGUAAGCAGUUUUAGUUAGUGCAUGUUACUACACAAUAAUACAAGAAAAGCAGAGACCGAAUCAAUGUAAAUCACUGAAAUGUUUGUGUUGGUUAAUUUAAAUUGUGGGUGCAGGGAGUCAAUAGUGUUUUAUUUAAUUAACGAGAGGAAUAAAUAAUGUCCAUGAUUGCAUC